UGUAGACCUGGGCUCAGUGCAACAGAACAUGUGGACCCGAGGUCAGUGAAUACCCAGGGCAGGCUUCUUACAGUCACUGUGGAUAUAACCUUUCUGCUCUGGAUACACUGUAACCGUGGAUACGACAGUGGGUGUGUUUUGGUUGUUGUUAGUAGACCUGAUCUGUUUUUACUUUACUUCACAGAGCAACGGAAGAAAUACUCCAACUCCAAUGUUAUCAUGCAGGAGACGUCUCAGUACCAUGUGGAGGUAAGACUUUUUUUGUUCCUCUCUGUUCUACCAUGUCUAUUUUUAAUUGAGAUAAUCAUGAUGAUGUCUUUUUUACUAGUGUCUGUCGGGCUUUCAUCUCGUAUGGGGCGUGUGAAAAGAACCUAGAAGCUCAAAUCUGCUCUGACUCCAUGUUGAUUGAUGAUAGUAUUACUAGUUUGCAGCAUUUUGUACUUAAAUGAACUAUAGUGUGUAUGCCUCCCCCUCCCUAAAACACAAAGGUUGGUUGGCACAUACAUGGGUUAAUAUUUGAUGGUAUGCCAUUUAAAGGCCCAGGGGUUGUAAUAAAGCAAUCAGUCCAGUUGAUUACCUCACGACCGACCGCAACAUUUAUCUAACGUGGGCAGAGUAUGUGAGGUGAGUCAGAGAGGGAAUUUAAAGGCACAGUCUUAAAUUUUCACGUCAGCCCCGCCUCUUGGUUUGCUUUCAAGUUUAGGGAUGAGGCUAAGGAAGUGUAACCACUCUCAAAUGAAUAGAUGGAGCUAUGGUUCAAGUACUGACAGUCCCUGAGAUCAGCGGUGGAAAAAGUAAAGAUACCUUAAUAGAAAAGGUCUCAAGUAAAAGUAAAAAUCACCCAUUAAAAUCCUACUUGAGUAAAAGUCUAAAAGUAUUUGGUUUUAAAUAUACUUAAGUAUCAAAAGUACAUGUAUAAAUAAUUUCAAAUUCUUUAUAUUAAGCAAACCAGACGGCACCAUUUUCUUGUUUUUUAAAUUUACGGAUAGCUAGGGGCAUGCUCCAACACUCAGACAUAAUUUACAAAUAAAGCAUGUGUGUUUAGUGAGUCCGCCAGAUCAUCAGUAGGGAUGACCAGGGAUGUUCUCUUGAUAAGUGUGUGAAUUAGACAAUUUGUCAUUUGAAAUGUAACGAGUAUGGCGCCGGAGGGGAUGGCUGCCGUUUUACGGGCUCCUAACCAACUGUGCUAUUUUUAUUAUUAUUUUUUGCAUCGUUUGUAACUUAUUUAAUACAUCAUGUUGCUGCUACCAUCUCUUAUUACCGAAAAGAGCUUCUGGUUAUCAGAACAGCGAUUACUCAUCUCAAACUGGAUGAGGAUUUUUUCUUUAGUGAGUCCGAUGCGAAGGAUAUACUGCUUCUCCGAUUCCAAGCCCAAAUCCCCGUAAUUCGCAUGAAGAAAAGACGGAAAUACAGGGGAGUCGGAGAUCGGGGUGCCUUGGGAGAAUUUGUCGGUGAGUGGGUAACCCGCCUCUACCAUCCGUUCUAUUAGCCAACGUGGAAAAUAAACUGGAUGAUCUCCGUUCGAGACUAUCCUACCAACAGGACAUUAAAAACUGUAAUAUCUUAUGUUUCACCGAGUCGUGGCUGAACGACGACACGGAUAAUAUAGAGCUGGCUGUGUUUUCUGUGCAUCGGCAGGACAGAGCAGCUACGUCUGGUAAGACGAGGGGCGGGGUUGUGUCUAUUUGUCAAUAACAGCUGGUGCCCGAUGUCUAAUAUUAAAAGAAGUCUCGAGAUAUUGCUCGCCUGAGGUAGAGUACCUCAUGAUAAGCUAUAGACCACACUAUCCCAUAUGUAACUCUGUGUUGUUGUUGAUUUUACCGCACUGCUUUGCUUUAGCUUGGCCAGGUCGCAGUUGUAAAUGAGAACUUGUUCUCAACUGGCUUCUUACCUGGUUAAAUAAAAGGUGAAAUAAAAUCUACCAGGAGCUUUUUCAUCUAUAUUUUUCGUAGCCGUCUAUUUACCACCACAAACCGAUGCUGGCACUAUGAUCGCACUCAACAAGCUGUAUAAGGCCAUAAGCAAACAAGAAAAUGCUCAUCCAGAAGCGGCGCUCCUAGUGGCCGGGGACUUUAAUGCAGGCAAACUUAAAUCAGUUUUACCUAAUUUCUGUCACAUGUGCAACCAGAGGGGGAAAACCUCUAGACCACCUUUAUUCCACACAGAGAGACUAAUACAAAGCUCUCCCUCGCCCUCCAUUUGGCAAAUCUGACCAUAAUUCUAUCCUCCUGAUUCCUGCUUACAAGCAAAAAAUGAAAGCAGGAAGUACUAGUGACUCGCUCAAUACGGAAGUGGUCAGAUGACGUGGAUGCUAUGCUACAGGACUGUUUUGCUAUCACAGACUGGAAUAUGUUCCGGGAUUCAUCCAAUGGCAUUGAGGAGUAGACCACCUCCAUCACCGGCUUUAUCAAUAAGUGCAUCGAUGAUGUCGUCCCCACAGUGACGUGCGUACAUACCCCAACCAGAAGCCAUGGAUUACAGGCAACAUCCGCACCGAGCUAAAGGCUAGAGCUGCCGCUUUGCUUGCUGAGGAAUGGCAGCAGGCAAGACUUUUGGAGGAUGGCCUGGUGUCAAGAAGAGCAGCAAAGAAGCAACUUCUCUCUAGGAAUAACAUCAGGGACAGACUGAUAUUCUGCAAAAGGUGUAGGGAUUGGACUGCUGAGGACUGGUGUAAAGUCAUUUUCUCUGAUGAAUCCCCUUUCCGAUUGUUUGGGGCAUCUGGAAAACACCUUGUCUGGAGAAGACAAGGUAAGCGCUACCAUCAGUCCUGUGUCGUGCCAACAGUAAAGCAUUCUGAGUCCAUUCAUGUGUGGGGUUGCUUCUCAGCCAAGGGAGUGGGCUCACUCACAUUUUUGCCUAAGAACACAGCCAUGAAUAAAGAAUGGUACCAGCACAUCCUCCGAGAGCAACUUCUCCCAACCAUCCAAGAACAGUUUGGUGACGACCAAUGCCUUUUCCAGCAUGAUGGAGCACCUUGCCAUAAGGAAAAAGUGAUAACUAAGUGGCUCGGGGAACAAAACAUCAACAUGGCUGUGCGAAGUUGCUGGAUAUUCGCGGGAACUAAAACACGCUGUCGUACACGUUGAACUAGAGCAUCCCUAACAUGCUCAAUGCGUGACAUGUCUGGUGAGUAUGCAGGCCAUGGAAUAACUGGGACAUUUUCAGCUUCCAGCAAUUGUGUAUAGUUCUUUGAAACAUGGGGCCCGGCAUUAUCAUGCUGAAACAUGAGGUGGUGGGAGCGGAUGAAUGGCACAACAAUGGGCUCUUGUCGUGGUAUCUCUGUACAUUCAAAUUGCCAUCGCUAAAAUGCAAUUAUGUUCGUUGUCCGUAGGUUAUGCCAACCCAUACCAUAACCCCAUUGCCACCAUGGGGCACUCUGUUCACAACGUUGACAUCAGCAAACCGCUCACCCACACAACGCCAUACACGUACGUGGUCUGUGGUUGUGAGGCCGGUUGGACGUACUGACAAAUUCUCUAAAAACAACGUUGGAGGGGGCUUAUGGCUUAACACACAAAACGAAGCGCUACGGUACCGAUCCAAAAUAGAGAUGUAUGGAUAAACCACUUCUCCAAUUAUAUUGAAUGAACUACAGGACAAAAUACAAACCCUCCAACCCAAAAAGGCCUGUGGUGUUGACGGUAUCCUCAAUGAAAUGAUAAAAUAUACAGACCACAAAUUCCAAUUGGCUAUACUUAAACUCUUUAACAUCAUCCUCAGCUGUGGCAUCUUCCCCAAAAUUUAGAACCAAGGACUGAUCAUCCCAAUCCACAAAAGUGGAGAAAAAUUUGACUCCAAUUAUUACCAUGGAAUCUGCAUCUCUGAAAAAUAAUCUGCAGUAUCAACAGCAGUCUCCAACAUUUCCUCAGUAAAAACAAAUAUCAAAUCUGCAAAUCUUCUCACCAAAAUACAGUACGACAGACCACGCACACAAUUAUCGACAUACAAACAAACCAAAACAGAAGAAAGUCUUCUUGAUUACAAAAAAGCUUUUGUCUUAAUUUGGAAUAUGGGUCUGCUAUACAAAUUGAUGGAAAGCAGUGUUGGGGUAAAUACAUAUGACGUUAUAAAAUCAAUGUACACAAACAACAAGUGUGCAGUUCAAAUUGACAAUAAACACACAUUUAUUUCCUGAGGGAUGUGGGGUGAGACAGGGAUGCUGCUUGAGCCCCACCCUCUUCAAUAUACACUGAACAAAAAUAUAAACGCAACAUGUGAAGUGUUGGUCCCGUGUUUCAUGAGCUGAACUAAAAUAUCCCAGAAGUGUUCCAUACCCACAAAAAGCUUAUUUAUCUAAAAUGUUGCACAAAUUUGUUUACAUCCGUGUUGGUGAGCAUUUCUCCUUAGCAAGAUAAUCCAUCCACCUGACAGGUGUGGCAUAUCAAGAAGCUGAUUAAACAGCAAGGUCAUUACACAGGUGCACCUUGUGUUGGGGACAAUUAAAGGCCACUCUAAAAAUGUGCAUUUUUGUCACACAACACAAUGCCACAGAUGUCUCAAGAUUUGAAGGAGCGUGCAAUUCAAGGCAAAAUGUAACUUCCCUGUUCGGGCAGCCACAAAGCACAUUCCACCAAAUAGUUUUACAAUAUUUGAAAAAAAAGACCUCUGGUUAAAGAUCGAGAUUUGACAUCUGUUCGAGUACUUGAGUACUCAUGCCUAUCACGCUAUAAUGGCUAUAAUGAUAUAAAGAGUCCUCUAUCUGUCUCUAUGUUUAGGAAACUGAGGCCCAGGAAGACGCAUGUUGCCUAAGUUCUGAUAACUGAUAAACUACUUCUUCUUCAACAGCAGCCGGCAGUCUUCCUCUUUGUUGUCUAACCCUCUCUCUCUCUCCCCCCAGCACCUGUCCACCUUCAUGAUGGACAAGACAGAGUCCAUCGCUACAGUGGACGAUGCCAUUAAGAAACUGGGCCUGCUGGACUCUAAAGACAAAAUCUGGACCCAGGAGAUGCUGCUUCAGGUCAGCGACAAGGCUGUACGUCUACUGGACGUUGAUACACAGGUAAGACUUUACACACACCUGUGCGCACACCUUACACACACACACACACACACACACACACACACACACACACACACAGGUAAGACUGUGAAGCAAGCGAGUAUGAUAUGCACAUCCCUAAAGUAGGAAAACCGUUGCUGGGCAAGAAAGUCGGAAGUUCCAUUUCAGCUACAUCGCUGCAGCUAGCGACUGGAACGAGCUGCAAAAAGCACUCAAACUGGACAGUUUUAUCUCCAUCUCUUCAUUCAAAGACUCAAUCAUGGACACUCUUACUGACAGUUGUGGCUGCUUCGCGUGAUGUAUUGUUGUGUCUACCUUCUUGCCUUUGUGCUGUUGUCUGUGCCCAAAACAUUUUUGUACCAUGUUUUGUGCUGCUACCAUGUUGUGCUGCUGCCAUGUUGUGUUGCUACCAUGUUGUUGUCAUGUGGUGUUGCUAUGUUACCAUGCUGUGUUGUCAUGUGUUGCUGCCAUGCUAUGUUGUUGUCUUAGGUCUCUCUUUAUGUAGUGUUGGGGUGUCUCUCGUCGUGAUGUGUGUUUUGUCCUAUAUUUUUUUAUCCCAGCCCCUGUCCCCGCAGGAGGCCUUUUGCCUUUUGGUAGGCCGUCAUUGUAAAUAAGAAUUUGUUCUUAAUAAUAAUAAUAUGCCAUUUAGCAGACGCUUUUAUCCAAAGCAACUUACAGUCAUGCGUGCAUAAUUUCUUUUGUGAAUGGGUGGUCCCGGGGAUCGAACCCACUACCUUGGCGUUACAAGCGCCGUGCUCUACCAGCUGAGCUACAGAGGACCACUUCUUAACUGACUUGCCUAGUUAAAUAAAGGUUUAAAAAAAAAACGCACUGGUUUUCAUACCAAAUAUUAAAGGACCUGUGCUGUUAAGGACCUGGACCCUGUGUAGCUCAGUUGGUAGAGCAUGGCACUUGCAACGCCAGGGUUGUGGGUUCGAUUCCCACGGGGGGCCAGUAUGAAAAAAUAAAUGUAUGCACUCACUUACUGUAAGUCGCUCUGGAUAAGAGCGUCUGCUAAAUGACAAUUUUUUUUUUUUUUAAUGUUAGUUUUUAUCCUGACCUAUGUAGUUGGUAACAUUUUCAUAUACAGUGCUAUGAAAAUGUAUUUGCCCCCUUUCUAAUUUUCUCUACUUUUGCAUAUUUGUGAUACUGAAUGUUAUCAGAUCUUCAACCAAAACCUAAUAUUAGAUAAAGGGAACAUAAGUGAACAAAUAACACAACAAUUACAUAUUUCAUAAACAAAGUUAUGCAACAUCCAAUUCCCCUGUGUGAAAAAGUAAUUGCCCCCUUACACUCAAUAACUGUUUGUGCCACCUUUAGCUGCAAUGACUCCAACCAAAUGCUUCCUGUAGUUGUUGAUCAGUCUCUCACGUCGCUGUGGAGGAAUUUUGGCCCACUCUUCCAUGCAGAACUGCUUUAACUCAGUGACGUGUGGGUUUUCAAGCAUGAAUUGCUCGUUUCAAGUCCUGCCACAACAUCUCAAUUGGGACCAAACUCUGCAUUCCACAGUAAGAAGGUCAUACCAAAGGUCAAGCAUGGUGGUUGUGGUGUGAUGGUUUGGGGGUGCUUUGCUGGUGACACUGUCGGUGAUUGAUUUAGAACUCAAGGCACACUUAACCAGCAUGGCUACCACAGCAUUCUGCAGCGAUACGCCAUCCCAUCUGGUUUCGCUUAGUGGGACUAUCAUUCGUUUUUCAACAGGACAAUGACCCAAUACGGUGGUACAAAUAAAGGUGCAACCGGCACAGCUUGAUUCGGGGUACCCAUCCGCUGGCAAACGUGACAGGAUUUACAGUAAGCCACAACAUCCGGUUUCAGACCAGACCAGUAGAAGUUAUGCAAGAUACGGUCAUAUACGUGUUGUUGACCCCAAGAUGGCCUGCCAUACUACCAUCGUGAGCCAACCGGUCAUACGUCUUGUUGACCCCAAGAUGGCCUGCCAUACUACCAUCGUGAGCCAACCUCAGUAUCUCUAGUCCAAGUGUAACUGGAACGUCAAUUUGAGAUACACUGGACCAAUCGUCUUGCCCAGGAGUGGCGCAAAAAUGCAAUUUCCUCAUUUGGAACACCUUCAUCAUACUCCUCUGGACGUGUCUCAGCAAAAAGAGGGAAACAUCUUUACUUUGUUCAGCAAUCAGCUGCUUCCUAGACAUCAACGUGUCAACUGUAGGGACACUCUCUUCCUUCAGCGGUCCAUGGGUUCAUACACAUCUGAUCCAAAAUCUUGUUUAGGAGAUACACCAGUCUCAACCAGGGACUUAAUGGGCUGGAGUGCUCCCACAAGAAGAAACAGCUUUUUUUUCUCUGUCAUGUUUCUGUUUCAACGUAGGACACUGAGAGACAAUGUGUCUUUUCUCACGGCUGUAAUGACAAACUGGUGGAUACGAAAAACUAGUUUAUUGCCGAUCUUUAUCUUUGGGCACUGUAGAAAAAGACUGGAAACCUCGUAGUAGUUCACUUCUCUGGAUUGUUUUUUACGUAAGGAUAACUACUGGGUGCUUAGUUUGUGAAGGUAGUUUUAUGUGUCAACACAAACUCAUCUGCAAGAACUGCAGCUCUCUCAAGAGUGAGAUCCUUGUGCUCAUAAAUGUAGGUUGCAACCCUUUUGUGAAGGCAAUUCUUGAACUGCUCGAGAAGUGUGAGUGUCUUUACAUCCUCAAGGUCCUUGACCUCUUGAGAACCACACCACCGAUCAAAACUACAUUCUUAGUCCCUUAUGAACUCAACAUGGCUUUGUGAUUCUGCUUUUCGUAAUUUAGGGAACUGUUGUCUGAAUGCCUCUGGGACCAACUCGUAAGCCCGAAGGAUAGCAGCUUUAACAGUGUCAUAAUCUGAACUCUGGUUAAGAGAUAAAGCGGCAAACACUUUCUGAGCUUUUCCCCACAAGAACACUUUUGGAGGAGCAGUGACCAAAUAUCUCGCAGCCAUUUUAGAGAUAUGGCAAUCCGCUCAAGCAGAAUAAAAUAUACACCCACUUCCUUUUCGUUGAAAGGCGGUACAAGCUGGCUUUUCCGACCAAGAUCAAACUCUGUUGAGUGUGUAGGAUGGCCUGACUGGAUUUGGAGUACUUCCAGAUCUAUCUUCCUUUUGUCACGCUUCCAGCUCCAUCUCUUUCAAUCAAAUGGCAUGCACACGUUGUUCUUGUUCCUGUUCUGUGUCACAAAUGUACAAAAGGCGAAUCAAGGUGGCAUCUGGAGAUCGAAAAGCAGUAGUCAAAAGAGUUGAUCGGAACUGCUCUGGUGGAGGAUAAAAUCCUUCCAGAGAGGGAGGAUGAUGAAAAGGGUCCCUAUGGGAAGUAGGGUGAGUCCUGUAGACGUGCCGGAGGUAGAACUAAAGGCAAAAAUGGGAACAACAGACAUUAGAGCUCGAGCACAAGGGGAAACAAAGAUGAGGCGUGCAGCCAAACAACUAGAACAGGAACAAGAACGUGCAGCCAAACAACUAGAACAGGAACAAGAACGUGCAGCCAAACAACUAGAACAGGAACAAGAACGUGCAGCCAAACAACUAGAACAGGAACAAGAAUGUGCAGCCAAACAACUAGAACAGGAACAAGAACGUGCAGCCAAACAACUAGAACAGGAACAAGAACGUGCAGCCAAACAACUAGAACAGGAACAAGAACGUGCAGCCAGACUAGAACAGGAACAAGAACGUGCAGCCAGACUAGAACAGGAACAAGAACGUGCAGCCAGACUAGAACAGGAACAAGAACGUGCAGCCAAACAACUAGAACAGGAACAAGAACGUGCAGCCAGACUAGAACAGGAACAAGAACGUGCAGCCAGACUAGAACAGGAACAAGAACGUGCAGCCAGACUAGAACAGGAACAAGAACGUGCAGCCAGACUAGAACAGGAACAAGAACGUGCAGCCAAACAACUAGAACAGGAACAAGAACGUGCUGCCAGACUAGGUUCAGGAAACUAGGCAUACUGUAUGUCGCGCAUCACUACUUCACAGAAGAGGCAUUUGAAUGUAAUUUAUUUUAUUUUAUCAAAAAUGCAAUUUUUGUCUUCUGGAACAUGUGAACUUUCAUGUGCAUUAAUAACAAACGUGUAUGCCAUCUGUAAAUACGAAUAAAAUUGUUAAAUUAAGAGCCUAAUUGGUUUAGCCACGGACAAAGACAGGAACCUUCCCGCUAGCCAUGAUUGGCUGAGAUAAUGGAUGGGCUUUCUAACGUGGCUUAUUUGAAAGAUAUCACAUAGUAGAACUGCAAAAGUGUUUUCUAAGGCUCUCCACUCUCUGGAGGAUCGAGUUUUGAAAUCAGUGGAAUGCCCAGGUGGAAGCAAAGUAUGAUAGCUAAGGAGAUGGAGAAAAUUCUGGAAUUUGAUUGCAAAUAUGCAGACGGAGUCUAAAAGAGAACACACAGAAGGCUGUUGUAUAAAACACCUGUCUCCGGAUUACAUCUUCAAACUAAGGGCAACCAUGGCAUCCGUGACAGAGAGGGAGAAGCGUUCAUUACAUUUUAGUCAUUUAGCAGACGCUCUUAUCCAGAGCGACUUACAGUUAGUGAGUGCAUACAUUUUCAUCCAUGUAUACGGGUAAGAUAGUCUAGCUAGCAACAUUUUCAGAUAUUAUACAUUUCUAAUUUUGUAAGAAAUGUGUUUUCAUUGUAAGUUAAAGCGUACUGUUAGCUAGCUAACGUUAGCUGGCUGGCUGACUAGCUAGCUAACGUUAUGUGUAUGAUCUGUGUAGUAAUAUUAUUCGUAUCUCAGAGCCAUUUGCAUUGCUAGUUAUAGCCUAAUGUUAGCUAGCUAGCUCACAACGGUAAGCUAUUUUCUGUAAUUAGCUUGCCAUUAACUUGUAAAUAAUGAUCUUGUUGUGAGUUUAUUUUCCUGUAAUAAUGAAUACAAAUUAACUAAAGUUAAGACGUUGUCAGCUAUAUGAUAUGGUCCUUAUUUGAACUGGCUAGCCAGCUAACUUAACAUUAGCUAGCUAACAAGCUAGAAACAAACCAAAACAUUGUUUAGAAAGUUGCUUUUAGUCUCCUGGUUUGCUAGAUUGACAUAUACCAAAUUUAUUUUUAAACGGAUGGGUUUAUUGGUGUUAAAAUACACCAGUUAUGCUAUUUUGGACCCCCAGGCUUCUGAUGUCAUGCAUCCUGUCGUUUUUGUGUUUAUACUUUUUCAUAACGAGAAGUUUGAUGCCGGGACGACAAUAGAAUGUUCACGAUGCCACUGUGACAACUGUAUACAGACAAACCAGCCUUUAGUCUUGAAAUCGUUGGUUGUUUAGUACACUACCGUACUCAUUGUUUAGCACAUGGUCUCACAUCUGAAUCCUUAAAGAGAUGGGUGGGGCUAAGGCUUAAAAAGGUGUGAAAGAUUCUGAAUGGGUGCUGACAAAGAGCUUUCCAGUAGGUGUACCAAAACAUUCAAGGGCCAUUUUCUCAAAAGUGGGGUUACAAGUUUAUCAACUUGCAAAGCAGAAUUACUUUACCCAUUGUUCCUCAACUGUAGUGUAUGAUAUACAAUAUACAAUUUUCUAGCUCUGAGUCUCUACUUUUAUCCAACAUAAAAAACUCAAUUUUAAAAAUGUCGCUACGUAAGACCAAAUCGAGCCGGUCGGUCACAUUUAUCUAGCAUCUCCCAUGUAGAGUUUUUCCACAAAUGUUUCCAACUUAAAGUCCCUGGCUUUAUUUUAUUAGCCUGUGUGAUAAUUAGCCUGUGUGAUAAUUAGCCUGUGUGAUAAUUAGCCUGUGCAUAUGGAACUUUCAAAAUGAUUCUCCCAAUCUUAUAACCCCUCAGGGUGGAUGUCAGUGACAGAAAACUCUACCACAAGUGUAUUUUGAACACUCAAAUAUCUGGGCACAGCAGAGCUUCAGAGUAGGUGAUUAGAGCGACUACCAUACUCAUGGGAAACAAGAUCCCGGACGAGCCCCCAUUUUUUGUUACGUUCCCCAGCAAGAACACCAAAUAAUGCCACUCAAACAGAAGGAGGAACUAACAAAGAGUCAUUGGCAACAACCAAAACGAAAUACAACUGAAACCUAAAAGAUACUUAUCAUGAGCGCCCACUAAAUAAACAAAAAUAAAAACCCACACCAAACUUGAAGACAGGAAGUACACCAAAAUGGUGGAGCAAUACAAAAACAGGGAAGAUCAGACAAAAAUAACGUUUUUCUAAAACUCAAAUAGAACGCGCCAAAUAAAGGCGUUGACCCUUCACAUCUCUCAAGACAACUGGAGCACUGGGCCAGCCACUCUUAAAUAGCACCUGGGCCAGCACAGGUCAAACACCUUCCCACUAAGGAGACGGCAACCAGCACAGGUGUAACACAUAAUGACUAACGAGGUUGACGCCAAAUCGGCGCGCCCAACGUGCUAACGAGCUAUACGUGCUAAAGUCCAACCUCCACCAUAAAUCCUCCUGAGUGGCGCAGUGGUCUAAGGCACUGCAUCGCAGUGCUAACUGUGCCACUAGAGAUCCUGGUUCGAAUCCAGGCUCUGUCGCAGCCGGCCGCGACCGGGAGACUCAUGGGCGGCGCACAAUUGGCCCAGCGUCGUCCAGGGUAGGGGAGGGAAUGGCCGGCAGGGAUGUAGCUCAGUUGAUAGAGCAUGGCGUUUGCAACGCCAGGGUUGUGGGUUCAAUUCCCACGGGGGGCCAGUAUAAAAAAAAAAAUAUGUAUUCACUAACUGUAAGUCGCUCUGGAUAAGAGCGUCUGCUAAAUGACUAAAAUGUAAAUGUAAAUGUAAUGUAAAUGUAAAUGGAAAAACUUUAAACCUGUAACAAGAGUCAGGUUGGAGCUGGGUCAUCACUACCUAUAUUCUUACUGUAGAAUUACACUAAUCUACUGUAUUUCAUCACUGUUACCGUAGACGCUCUGGUUGUUAAGAUGGGGGGUACUAGUACCCCUGUUUCUUCAGUAGACUCAUGAGACCAUGAGGCCUACUGGUAAAAUGCAUAUGAAGUGGUACUCUGGGCAGAGCAACAUGUGAUUUGGGGUACAGUAACUAAAAAAAGGUUGAGAACCACUGACCUAGAGGUUUACUGUUCUUUAAAGAAUGACUGUCUCUAAUCCCUUUGAAACCGGCCGACGUGGCAUCGAUAUGAGUCAAGACAUAUUUAUUUUGAAAACGGGCCGAUGUGGCAUCGAUAUGAGUGAGAAACAUUUUAUUUUGAAAACGGUCAAUGUGGCAUCGAUAUAAAUCAGAAACAUUUAUUUUGAAAACGGCUGAUGUGGCAUCGAUAUGAUUCAGAUAUUUAUCUUGAAAAUGGCCGAAGUGGCAUCGAUAUGAGUCAGAAACAUUUAUUUUUGUGUCAAAAUUGACUACAAAGUGUUAAUAGGAUAAUUUUGGUCAUAAAGUCAGUUUCGUCUAAAACAGAGUUUUGAACCUGAGUGUAUCUAAAUGAAAGUUGGGUUUGGAUUACAAUUAUGUCAACACAUCAUGCUCCCUUUUACCAAUUCCAAAAUAUUCCAAAACAUGCAUCCUGUUUGCAAUAAGGCACUAAAGUAAAACUGCAAAAAAUGUGGCAAAGAAAUGAACUUUAUCUCCUGAAUUCAAAGCGUAAUGUUUGGGGCAAAUCCAACACAACACAUCACUGAGUACUACUCUUCAUAUUUUCAAGCAUGGUGGUGGCUGCAACAUGUUAUGGGUAUGCUUGUCACCGGCAAGGACUAGGGAGUUUUUUAGGAUAAAAAGAAACGGAAUAGAGCUAAGCAGUCUGCUUUCCAACAGACACUGGGAGACAAAUUCAACUUUCUGCAGGAUAAUAACGUAAAACACAAGGCCAAAUCUACACUGGAGUUUGUUUUUUGCCAAGACUGUGAAGUCUCCAAGUAUGUGAAAAACAGGUUAAACAGGUUUUGAUUCAUCUCAUGAAUUAUAUUGAAUCUAUCUACUGUAUGUCCCCCCCCCCCUUUUAUAUCUUAAUGUAUUCAAUUAUUAUUAAUGACUAGGUAACAGCUCCAAACAGUUGUUCACUACGAGAAAUGCUCACUGGUACCCUAGUUUAUAGAAAGAUCCAUGUAUCCUUUGCCGGGGAGGCUGGCCCAUAACACCUUGCGGAGCAGCGGGGAAAAACCCCCCCGAAAUUACUGGAGGACAGAAGUCCCUGCUUGGGAGAACAUUUUCCAGAAGAAUAAGGAAUAACUUAGUGAAAUGUAAGUCACAGGAGGUUGUUGGCACCUUUAUUUGGGGAGGACGGGCUCAUGGUAAUGGCUGGAGCGUAAUGAGUAGAAUGGUAUCAAAUGCAUCAAACAAAUGGUUUCCAUGUGUUUGAUGCCAUUCCACUGGCUCCGUUCCAGCCAUUAUUAUGAGCCGUCCUCCCCUCAGCAGCCUCUACUGCUGUAAGUAUUAUUCACCACAUUAUUUUUAAAAUGUUCAACAAAUUACUUUCACAGCUAUGAAUUUUGAAUUCAAAUGUUUAGUAACUGGUGUUUAUCAGCCAGUUUUCAAGCUAGCUAGCUAGUGAACACCUUGGAUGCAAUAGCUAGCUAGCAGGCGAUCUCAUCCUGCUUGUCGGCUGUUUACAGAAGAACAACUAAAUUAACUAAUUGUAAAUUCAGCAAUGUUUCAAUUGGUAAGACCCGGGCAGUUUUUAAAUCAUGAAUUGGUGAACUUGCUAGCCAGCUAAAAAUAGAAAAUAGUUUUUUCCAAUUUGUUUUCAGGGACUAAAGUGGACACCUGAUUGCGUUUCACUCCAUUGCAUUGACUUGGCAGGAGAAAACAGUCCUGCCCGGCUCAUUUGCAUUUUAACAACAGUUAAAAUUAGUUAGUCUAGGCUUGCAAGCCAGCCAAGUUAUUUGUAAGUUAUGUUGAUGAGUCUGUUUAGCUAGCCAGCUGCGUGCAGUGUCUGUUUACCUAGCUAACGUUUGCUAACUUUCUCUUGACACUUUCCCUUCCCAUAUUGUGUUGCACCAUUGGGGUUGGUGUUACUAGUUAAAAUUAUAGGCUAAGUUAUUAUAAUCUUAGUGUAAACAACUUGACCAUACCUAAAAUAAUAUGCAAAACUGUUAACAAACCGAUUGCACAUUAAUAAAGGUAGUUGUGCCUUCAGCAACUUGAACCAGCAUUGUAAUUUGAGCAGUGAGGUUAAUUUCUGCCCCUUCUCUCUGCUUGUUCCAGGUUGAAGGACAUCCCCGCCCUGACACUAAAUAACUUGUUGUGAACCUCCCAGCCACCACGAUAAUCACCAUAUCCCAGGAUAUUAUUCAGGAGUGUGCAACAUCACAAUGUUCGAUAGAAAUAGAUUCACCCAUGUUAUUGUUUAUCAUGCAGAUUUGUCAAGACAUUGUAACUUAUGAAGCUCAUUUUAAAAUGCAGACGUCAUCUCUGUCCAAGGGGAUUUCACUGCAAGUCUUCAAUCUAAACCACGUUUAGUUGAUUUAGGUGUUUAGUGAAGGGCUGGAACAAAAAAGACCUGUAAACUCCUGUCAUGCGUAGAAAAGAAACCUGUGGCUGUCAAGACUAAAUUUGCGUGGGCGUGGGCGUGGGCAUGUAUUUUCUGAGCCAAGCCACUGGCAGUCAGAACUGCAGACCUUUAGACCUUUGUGGUAAGAAAACUGAUGACCUGACACAUUUGAUAUGGAAUAAUCUCUCUCUCUUUCCACCUCCCUCCCUCCCUCCCCUUCUGUCCCUCUUCCUCUCCCUCCCUCCCUCCCUCCCUCCCUCCCUCCCUCCCUCCUCGCCACCCUCAUAGGAAGAGUUGGAGAACUUCCCUCUGCCUACGAUCCACCACUGCCAGACAGUGUUGAAUCAGACCAGGUAUCCCUCUGUCCUACUGCUGGUGUGUCAAGACAACGAACAGCACCGACCUGACAUACACUUCUUCCACUGUGACGAGGUUGAGGUGGGUCACCGCUAUCUAUAUAUGAUCCAGGCUAGCGCCGUAGGAACUGGAAGUCAAUAUACAGUACAGACAUGAUCCAGGCUAGCGGCGUAGGAACUGGAAGUCAAUAUACAGUACAGACAUGAUCCAGGCUAGCGGCGUAGGAACUGGAAGUCAAUAUACAGUACAGACAUGAUCCAGGCUAGCGGCGUAGGAACUGGAAGUCAAUAUACAGUACAGACAUGAUCCAGGCUAGCGGCGUAGGAACUGGAAGUCAAUAUACAGUACAGACAUGAUCCAGGCUAGCGGCGUAGGAACUGGAAGUUAAUAUACAGUACAGACAUGAUCCAGGCUAGCGGCGUAGGAACUGGAAGUCAAUAUACAGUACAGACAUGAUCCAGGCUAGCGGCGUAGGAACUGGAAGUCAAUAUACAGUACAGACAUGAUCCAGGCUAGCGGCGUAGGAACUGGAAGUCAAUAUACAGUACAGACAUGAUCCAGGCUAGCGGCGUAGGAACUGGAAGUCAAUAUACAGUACAGACACGAUCCAGGCUAGCGGCGUAGGAACUGGAAGUCUAUGGACAGUACAGACAUGAUCCAGGCUAGCGGCGUAGGAACUGAAAGUCUAUGGAAAACUGAGCGAAAACUUUCCUCAAGUUUUACCUUUUAAAUGAACAGAUCAUUCAUAUAUCCAACAAUAUAUAUAAUCAGUCUUCUUUCUCCUUAGACAAUUUUAAUGUAAUAAUAUUCUCUGUGUCUUUUUGUCUGUGUCCACUACAGGCAGAGAUGGUCCAUGCAGACAUCGACAGUGCUCUGGGUGACAGCAAACAUGGGAAGAAGAUGCGACCACAGACCUUGAAGUAAGAACCCUUACCUCUUGAGGAGGCCUGACGUCUCUUUUAAAACAUUUGUGUUGGAGGGGGGCGUAUAGUAUAGUGAUAUUUCCAUUCUUAUGGAGGGGCCCUGAUUUCUAACUGGGGUGCCCCAGCCCCAUUGAUUAAAACCCUGCACUCCUCUCCUUCUCUCCUCUCCUCCUCCUCCUCUCUCCUCCUCUCCUCUUCUCCUCCUCCUCUCCUCCUCCUCCUCCCCUCAGGGUGAACCAGGAGAAGAUUAAGCGCCACAGAGAGUCCAUCCUCCCUCCCUCCUCGGCCCCCAAGGGCCCGGCCCCAGGAGGCAAGGGCCGUGUGGCUGCCAUGAACAUGCAGGGUAAGACUACACACACUGACACACACACUGACACACACACACUGAUACACACGCUGACACACACACACACACACACUGAUACACACACUGAUACACACACUGAUACACUCACUGACACACACACUCACAUGUAGCCUGACACCUCACACUACAUUCUAACACUGCUCUGUCGUUCGCUACAGAUUUUAGUCUGAAUCUGCCAUCGUUGAAAGUCAUUUGCGGUGAAAACAAAGUAAUCAGCGACUGGAUCGUCUCUAACCAAUCACGGUAUCAAAGCCAAUUGCAUACUUAGAAAACGCCACUUUACCCACUGGUGUUCUGCCUCUGGCCCAACCCAUCGGUUUCUGGGACCAAUCAGACGGCCUGAAUGUGUUCACAGUAUGGUCAUAUCAGUAUGGUCAUAUCAGGAUGGUCAUAUCAGUGUGGUCAUAUCAGGAUGGUCAUAUCAGUAUGGUCAUAUCAGUAUGGUUAUAUCAGUAUGGUUAUAUCAGUAUAGUCAUAUCAGGAUGGUCAUAUCAGGAUGGUCAUAUCAGUAUGGUCAUAUCAGUAUGGUUAUAUCAGUAUGGUUAUAUCAGUAUAGUCAUAUCAGGAUGGUCAUAUCAUGAUGGUCAUAUCAGUGUGGUUAUAUCAGUAUGGUUAUAUCAUGAUGGUCAUAUCAUGAUGGUCAUAUCAGGAUGGUCAUAUCAGGAUGGUCAUAUCAGUGUGGUCAUAUCAUGUUGGUCAUAUCAGUGUGGUCAUAUCAGUGUGGUCAUAUCAGGAUGGUCAUAUCAGGAUGGUUAUAUCAGUAUGGUCAUAUCAGUAUGGUCAUAUCAGGAUGGUCAUAUCAGUGUGGUCAUAUCAUGUUGGUCAUAUCAGUGUGGUCAUAUCAGUGUGGUCAUAUCAGGAUGGUCAUAUCAGGAUGGUUAUAUCAGUAUGGUCAUAUCAGUAUGGUCAUAUCAGGAUGGUCAUAUCAGGAAGGUCAUAUCAGGAAGGUCAUAUCAGGAUGGUCAUAUCAGGAUGGUCAUAUCAGGAUGGUCAUAUCAGGAUGGUUAUAUCAGUAUGGUUAUAUCAGUAUAGUUACAGUUGAAGUCGGAAGUUUGCAUACACCUUAGCCAAAUACAUUUAAACUCAGUUUUUCACAAUUCCUGACAUUUAAUCCCAGUAAAAAUUCCCUGUCUUAGGUCAGUUAGGAUCAGCACUUUAUUUUAAGAAUGUGAAAUGUCAGAAUAAUAGUAGAGAGAAUUAUUUAUUUCAGCUUUGAUUUCUUUCAUCACAUUCCCAGUGGGUCAGAAGUUUACAUACACUCAAUUAGUAUUUGGUAGCAUUGCCUUUAAAUUGUUUAACUUGGGUCAAACGUUUCGGGUAGCCUUCCACAAGCUUCCCACAAUCAGUUGGGUGAAUUUUGGCCCAUUCCUCCUGACAGAGCUGGUGUAACUGAGUCAGGUUUGUAGGCCUCCUUGCUCGCACACGCUUUUUCAGUUCUGCCCACACAAUUUAUAUAGGAUUGAGGUCAGGGCUUUGUGAUGGUCACUGCAAUACCUUGACUUUGUUGUCCUUAAGCCAUUUUGCCACAACUUUGGGAGUAUGCUUGGGGUCAUUGUCCAUUUGGAAGACCCAUUUGCGACCAAUCUUUAACUUCCUGACUGAUGUCUUGAGAUGUUGCUUCGAUAUAUCCACAUAAUCGUCCUUCCUCAUGAUGCCAUCUAUUUUGUGAAGUGCACCAGUCCCUCCUGCAGCAAAGCACCCCCACAGCAUGAUGCUGCCACCCCCGUGCUUCACGGUUGGGAUGGUGUUCUUCGGCUUGCAAGUUAUCCCCUUUUUCCUCCAAACAUAACGAUGGUCAUUAUGGCCAAACAGUUAUAUUUUUGUUUCAUCAGACCAGAGGACAUUUCUCCAAAAAGUACGAUAUUUGUCCCCAUGUGCAGUUGCAAACCGUAGUCUGGCUUUUUUAUGGCGGUUUUGGAGCAGUGGCUUCUUCCUUGCUGAGCGGCCUUUCAGGUUAUGUCGAUAUAGGACUUGUUUUACUGUGGAUAUAGAUACUUUUGUACCUGUUUACCUCCAGCAUCUUCACAAGGUCCUUUGCUGUUGUUCUGGGAUUGAUUUGCACAUUUCGCACCAAAGUACGUUCAUCUCUAGGAGACAGAACGUGUCUCCUUCCUGAGAGGUAUGACGGCUGCGUGGUCCCAUGGUGUUUAUACUUGCGUACUAUUGUUUGUACAGAUGAACGUGGUACCUUCAGGCGUUUGGAAAUUGCUCCCAAUGAUGAACCAGACUUGUGGAGGUCUACUUUCUGAGGUCUUGGCUGAUUUCUUUUGAUUAUCCCAUGAUGUCAAGCAAAGAGGCACUGAGUUUGAAGGUAGGCCUUGAAAUACAUCCACAGGUACACCUCCAAUUGACUCAAAUGAUGUCAAUUAGCCUAUCAGAAGCUUCUAAAGCCAUGACAUCAUUUUCUGGAAUUUUCCAAGCUGUUUAAAGGCACAGUCAACUUAGUGUGUGUAAACUUCUGACCCACUGGAAUUGUGAUACAGUGAAUUAUAAGUGAAAUAAUCUGUCUGUAAACAAUUGUUGGAAAAAUGACUUGUGUCAUGCACAAAGUAGAUGUCCUAACCGACUUGCCAAAACUAUAGUUUGUUAACAAGAAAUUUGUGGAGUGGUUGAAAAACGAGUUUUAAAAUCAAAUCAACAGGUGUAGACAUUACCGUGAAAUGCUUACUUACAGCCCUUAACCAACAAUGCAUUUUCUUUCCAUAAAAAAGUAAAAUAAAACAACAACAACAAAAAAGUGUUUUGAAAAAACUGAUACACACAGACACACACGCUGAUACACACACUGAUACACACACUGAUACACACACACACUGAUACACACACACUUAUACACACACUGAUACACACUUAUACACACACUGAUACACACACACACUGAUACACACACACACACUGAUACACACACACUGAUACACACACACACACACUGAUGCACACACUGAUACACACUGAUACACACACUGAUACACACGCACACUGAUACACACACUGAUGCACACACUGAUACACACACACACACUGACACACACACACACUCACUGACACACACACACACUGAUACACUUGGUCUUGGUCACGUUGAGGGAGAGGUUGUUAUCCUGGCACCACACGGCCAGGUCUCUGACCUCCUCCCUAUAGGCUGUCUCAUCGUUGUCGGUGAUCAGGCCUACCACUGUUGUGUCGUCGGCAAACUUAAUGAUGGUGUUGGAGUCGUGCCUGGCCAUGCAGUCAUGGGUGAACAGGGAGUACAGGAGGGGACUGAGCACGCACCCCUGAGGGGCCCCCGUGAUGAGGAUAAGUGUGACAGAUGUGUUGUUACCUACCCUUACCACCUGGGGGUGGCCCGUCAGGAAGUCCAGGAUCCAGUUGCAGAGGGAGGUGUUUAGACCCAGGAUCCUUAGCUUAGUGAUGAGCUUUGAGGGCACUACGGUAUUGAACGCUGAGCUGUAGUCAAUGAAUAGCAUUCUCACGUAGGUGUUCCUCUUGUCCAGGUGGGAAAGGGCAGUGUGGAGUGCAAUAUAGAUUGAAUCAUCUGUGGAUCUGUUGGGGCGGUAUGCAAAUUGGAGUGGGUCUAGGGUUUCUGGGAUAAUGGUGUUGAUGUGAGCCAUGACCAGCCUUUCAAAACACUUCAUGGCUACAGAAGUCAGUACUACGGGUCAGUAGUCAUUUAGGCAGGUUAUCUUAGUGUCCUUGGGCACAGGGACUAUGGUGGUCUGCUUGAAACAUGUUGGUAUUACAGACUCAGUCAGGGACAUGUUGAAAAUAUCAGUGAAGACACUUGCCAGUUGGUCAGCACAUGCUCGGAGUACACGUCCUGGUAAUCCGUCUGGCCCUGCGGCCUUGUGAAUAUUGACCUGCUUAAAAGUCUUACUCACAUCGGCUACGGAGAGCGUGAUCACAUAGUCAUCCGGAACAGCUGACGCUCUCAUGCAUGCUUCUGUGUUGCUUGCCUCGAAGCGAGCAUAGAAGUGAUUUAGCUCGUCUGGUAGGCUUGUGUCACUGGGCAGCUCGCGGCUCUGCUUCCCUUUGUAGUCUGUAAUAGUUUUCAAGCCCUGCCACAUCCGACGAGCGUCAGAGCCGGUGUAGGACGAUUCAAUCUUAGUCCUGUAUUGACUCUUUGCCUGUUUGAUGGUUCGUCGGAGGGCAUAGCGGGAUUUCUUAUAAGCGUCCGGGUUAGAGUCCCGCUCCUUGAAAGCGGCAGCUCUACCCUUUAGCUCAGUGCGGAUGUUGCCUGUAAUCCAUGGCUUCUGGUUGGGGUAUGUACGUACAGUCACUGUAGGGAUGACGUCAUCGAUGCACUUAUUGAUGAAGCCAGUGACUGAUGUGGCGUACUCCUCAAUGCUAUCUGAAGAAUCCCGGAACAUAUUCCAGUCUGUGCUAGCAACACAGUCCUGUAGCUUAGCAACUGCGUCAUCUAACCACUUUUUUAUUAACCGAGUCACUGGUGCUUCCUGCUUUAGUUUUUGCUUAUAAGCAGGAAUCAGGAGGAUAGAGUUAUGGUCAGAUUUGCCAAAUGGAGGGCGAGGGAGAGCGCGUCUCUGUGUGUGGAGUAAAGGUGGUCUGGAGUUUUUUUUCCUCUGGUUGCACAUUUAACAUGCUGGUAGAAAUUAGGUAGAACGGAUUUAAGUUUCCCUGCAUUAAAGUCCCCAGCCACUAGGAGCGCUGCCUCUGGAUGAGCGUUUUCCUGUUUAGUUAUGGCCUUACACAGCUCAUUGAGUGCAAUCUUAAUGCCAGCAUUGGUUUGUGGUGGUAAAUAGACAGCUAUGAAAAAUAUAGAUGAAAACUCUCUUGGUAAAUAGUGUGGUCUACAGUUUAUCAUAAGAUACUCUACCUCAGGCGAGCAAAACCUCGAGACUUCCUUAGUAUUAGAUUUUGUGCAUCAGCUGUUGUUUACAAAUAUACACAGACCGCCACCCCUUGUCUUACCGGAGUCAGCCGUUCUAUCCUGCCGAUGUAGCGUAUAUCCCGUCAGCUGUAUGUUGUCCAUGUCGUCGUUCAGCCACGACUCGGUGAAACAUAAGAUAUUACAGUUUUUAAUGUCCCGUUGGUAGGAUAACCGUAAUAUUAGGUAAUCUAAUUUAUUUUCAAAUGAUUGAACAUUGGCUAAUAGGUUUGAUGGAAGAGGCAGUUUACUCGCUCGCCGUCGGAUCCUUACAAGGCACCCCGAUCUACGUCCACGAUAUCUCUGUCUCUUUCUCCUGUGAAUGACGGGGAUUUGGGCCUUGUCGGGUGUCUGUAGGAUAUUCUUCGCGUCCGACUCGUUGAAGAUAAAAUCUUAGUCCAAUACGAGGUGAGUAAUCGCUGUCCUGAUAUCCAGAAGCUAUUUUUGGUUAUAAAAGACGAUGGCAGAAACAUUAUGUACAGCAUAAAUUACAAAUAACGCGAAAAAACACACAUUAUAGUACAAUUGGUUAGAGGGCUGUAAAACGGCAGUUAUCUUCUCCGGCACCAUUGGUUGGUUGACUCCAACCUAAGUGUAUGUAAACUUGUUACUUCAACUGUAUAUCAGGGUGGUCAUAUCAGGGUGGUCAUAUCAGGGUGGUCAUAUCAGGGUGGUCAUAUCAGGGUGGUCAUAUCAGUAUGGUCAUAUCAGUGUGGUCAUAUCAGGGUGGUCAUAUCAGGGUGGUCAUAUCAGGGUGGUCAUAUCAGUGUGGUCAUAUCAGGGUGGUCAUAUCAGGGUGGUCAUAUCAGGGUGGUCAUAUCAGGAUGGUCAUAUCAGUGUGGUCAUAUCAGUAUGGUCAUAUCCUUGCGGAGAAAAAACGAACGUCUGUAGCACACAGACACACCCCAAGUGCUAAGCCCCAGGAGUCAAGGUCCGUAUGGUGAGGCUACACACACUGUAACACACACACACUGUAACACACACACACACACACACACACACACACACACACACACACUGAUACACACACACACACACACACACUGUAACACACACACUGAUACACACACACACACACACUGAUACACACACACACACACACACACACACACACUGUAACACACACACACACACACACACACACUGAUACACACACACACACACACACACACACUGAUACACACACAAAACAACGUCAACAACAACCAUAACUGUUAUCAUUAUUUCAGAUGUGGAGAGGCGAGGUUCGGCCCAGCAGGACCCAGAGUCCCAUGAAAAGCUGGUCCAGCGCGUUGAGAAGGACGUGGUGAGUGACACUGUUAUCAAUACAAUACUAAUAUAAUGCUAUUAUUAAUACUAUUAAUUGAUUGGAUUUUUCAUGAUGCCCAAAGCGCUUUUACAAGAUGUAGUACGAGAUGGCACCAACAGACCUGGUCACCUUGUUUCUACCUCCUAGACAACUUUGCAGUGGUUUUAAUUUAUUUUUGUUAUUUCUUACAUUAUUUGCCCAGAACGGUUUUCUAGUAUUAUUACCUGAUAAAUAACUUUAUUAUUUAAUAACUUUACCGAAAAUAACUUUUGGGACAUCAGAUCGGCGGUCACUUCAACCGGAAAUUCAACCGGAAAUUCGUCUUCCCUGACCUGGAUCCUUUGUUUGGACUCUCUGAUGCAGACCCAUUCAUUCAUUCACCCUAACAUGUAGACGCCGGAGAAGAGGGAGGAGGAGUGGGGUCCCAGUCAGACUCAGGAGGCGAGCAACACCAUCCACCGCUUCCGAGUAUAUUACACGCUAACGUUCAGUCGCCGGACAAUAAACUAGAUGAGCUCAGGGCGAGGAUCUCCUUUAAGAGAGACACAUCAGGGACUGUAACAUACUCUGUUUCACGGAUAUAUUAUUUUCAAUGCCAUGUAUAUUCCACCCCCCAAAGCCGACACCACGAUGGCUCUCAAGGAACUACACUGGACUUUGUGUAAACUGGAAACCUGCAUAUUCUGAGGCCGCAUUCAUUCUGGCUGGGGACGUUAAUAAAGGAAAUCGGAGGAAAACUCUACCCAAAUUCUGUCAACACAUCUCCUGUGCUACACGCGGAGAGAACACGCUUGACCAUUGUUACUCUCCCUUCCGGGAUGGCUACAAGGCCCUCCCCCAUCCUCCCGUCGGCAAAUCAGACCACACCUCCAUCUGCUACUCCCCACCUAUAGGCAGAAACUUAAGCAAGAAGCACCCGUGGUAAGGACUGUAAAAUGUUGGUCUGACCAAUCGUAAUCUAUGCUUGAAGACUGUUUUGAUCACGCGGACUGGGAAAUGUUCGGGGUCGACCUCUGGGAAUACAGGGACUCCAGACACUCCCAGUUAUAAAGGGAAUGCCAGCCACGUCGCGGACACCGAUGUCUUGCUCCCGGACAAGCUAAACACCUUCUUUGCCCGCUUCGGGGGAAAACAACACUUAGCUGCCGACGUGGGCCCCCGCCGUUCACGAGGACUGUGUGCUCCCGAUCUCCAUGGCCUGCGUGUGUAAAACAUUCAAGCGUGUUAAACCCCUCGCAAGGCUGCCGGCCCGGACGGCAUCCCAAGCCGCGUUCUCAGAGCGUGUGCAGACCAGCUGGCUGGAGUGUUUACGGACAUAGUAAAUCUCUCCCUAUCCCAGUCUGUUGUCCCUGCUUGCUUCAAGAUGUCUGUUACGUUCAGAACACAGAGAGCUAACAUUAAUAAUAUGCAUGUGUUACGUUCUCCCCUCGGGUGUAGCUCGUCUGAGGAGGAGACGUAAAUGCCCGUGCCUACGCACACAAUGUAAACUAGAUGGGUGGGGAAGAAAUGUGGGGUGUAAUGAACUAAAAUAACCAGACAACAACCAGAACUCAAUGUUAGCCCUCUGGGGAUGUUUAGUAAGGUAAUUAAACAAAAUUAAUAUACAGCACCCAUUUAACAGUAAUACAACAAAGACCAGUCAAACAAACCAGGGAAGGUAAGAGAAGGGAAUGUUUGGGAACGGGGUCCAAGUAAUGAAAAUAAACAAAAGGUCCCUCCUCUUCUACACACCUAAUCCUUCCUAACACACUCUAAGCCCUAACCCGCUUUCCUACCUGUUACCACAAAUACAGGGGUGACACCCGCCCGGCUAACCUAGUGUGUAAAACAGUGGGUUAUCUACGUGUGAAUGUACACCCAUGGGCAGAUCUACCUUUCCCUUCUCCAGGACCCAGGUAGGGUGGAAUACAGCAGGAGGACAGGCUGGAACACAAACAAAGAUCAAUUAAAACAACCAAUAACCAAAUUCUCAAACAGUCAAACAGUUUAUACUCUGGUCAAUCAGCCACAGCUGCCAGGACUCCGGACCGAAGCCACGCCCACCAUCGUCAGCCGCAACUCAGCACACCUGUAAUGACCAGAACACACAAACAAAACAACCACUCUGAACCACACACACACACGACAAAGGAAGAUUGGGAGAAAGAAAAACAUGUCACACGUAACAAUGUCCACCAAUUGUUCCUGUUCCUAAGAAAGCAAAGGUAACUGAACUAAAUGACUAUCGCCCCAUAGCACUCACUUCUGUCAUCAUGAAGUGCUUUGAGAGGCUAGUUAAGGAUCAUAUCACCUCCACCUUACCUGACACCCUAGACCCACUACAAUUUGCAUACCGCCCCAAUAGAUCCACAGACGAUGCAAUCGCCAUCGCACUGCACACUGCCCUAUCCCAUCUGGACAAGAGGAAUACCUAUGUAAGAAUGCUGUUCAUCGACUACAGCUCAGCCUUCAACACCCAAGUGCAUUCCAAGCUCAUGACUAAGCUAAGGGCCCUGCGUCUGAACCGCGGGCCGCCCCCCCAGGUGGUGAAGGUUGGAAACAACACCUCCACUAACACUAAUCCUCAACACAGGGGCCCCACAAGGGUGCGUGCUCAGCCCCCUCCUGUACUCCCUGUUCACCCAUGACUGCGUGGCCAAGCACGCCUCCAACUCAAUCAUCAAGUUUGCAGACGACACAACAGUGGCAGGCCUGAUUACCAACAGUGACAAAACAGCCUACAGGGAAGAUGUUAGAGCCCUGGUUCCAGGAAAAUAGCCUCUCCCUAAACGCCAACAAAACGAAGGAGCUGAUCGUGGACUACAGGAGACAGCAGAGAGAGCACGCCCCCCAUCCACAUUGACGGGGCCGCAGUGGAGAAGGUGGAAAGCUUAAAGUUCCUCGGCGUACACAUCACUGAGGACUUGAAAGGGUCCCUUCACACCAACAGCCUGGUGAAGAAGGUGGAACACUGGUCACUUUAAUAAUGUUUACAUGCUGUUUUACCCAGCUUUAUAUCUAUCUACUGUAUUCUAAUCAUGGCUCAUCCUAUAUAACUACUGCUGAACAUCACCUGUUCUCUUCAUAUUCCACUAGAUUCUAUUCUGUCUAUACACACCAUUCACAAACAUAUAGAGCAUAUAUUUAUUUAUAUUCUGGACUCUUUAGAUUGUGUGUAUUGUGUUGUUAUUGUUGUUGUUAUUGUUGUUAUUGUAUCGUUAUUGUUGUUGUUAUUGUGGUGUUAUUGUGUAAUUGUUGUGUUAUUGUGUUGUUAUUGUGGUGUUAUUGUGUUGUUAUUGUUGUGUUAUUGUUGUGUUAUUGUGGUGUUGUUGUUGUUGUUAUUGUUGUUGUUAUUGUGUUGUUAUUGUGUUGUUGUUGUGUUGUUAUUGUGUUGUUAUUGUGUUGUUAUUGUAUUGCUAGAUAUCACUGCACUGUUGGAGCUAGAAACAUUUCACUGCGCCUGCGAUAACUUCUGGAACACUGUGUACACGACCAACAAACGUUGAUUUGAUUUGACAUUUGCUAUUUAGUAGUCUCUUUGGUAUCAUUCCACUUUCUCUCAUCUCUCCCUCUCUGUCUCUCCUCUCUCUCUCUCUCUCAUCUCUCAUCUCUCAUCUCUCAUCUCUCAUCUCUCAUCUCUCAUCUCUCAUCUCUCAUCUCUCAUCUCUCUCUCUCUCUCUCUAUUUCUCUGUUCCCUGACAGCAAAUCCUGAACUGUGCCCUGGAUGACAUUGAGGUCUUUGUGGCUCGGCUGCAGAAGGCUGCGGAGGCGUUCUCUCAGCUCAACCAGCGCAACAAGAGUAAGAAGAUUAAGAAGAAAGGACCAGCAGGUCUGUUUCCUCUUCUUCUGGUCACGUGGUGGAAACAACCACCUCACUGACAAUAUCAAAUAUAUUGUCCUCUAACACUUUCUAUGUUCUCUUGUAUCUUCUUAAUAUACACUGUAUAUACAAAGUAUGUGGACACCCCUUCAAAUUAGUGGAUUCGGCUAUUUCAGCCACACCCCGUUGCUGACAGGUGUAUACAAUUGAGCACGCAGCCAUGCAAUCUCCAUAGACAAACACUGGCAGUAGAAUGGCAGUGACUUUUGCCACCUUGUGACUUUUGCCACUUUUACCACAGUCAUAGGAUGCCACCUUUCCAACAAGUCAGUUCGUCAAAUUUCUGCCCUGCUAGAGCUGCCCCGGUCAACUGUAAGUGCUGUUAUUGUGAAGUGGAAACAUCUAGGAGCAACAACGGCUCAGCCGCAAAGUGGUAGGCCACACAAGCUCACAGAACGGGACCGCCGAGUGCUGAAGCGCAUAGCGAGUAAAAAUCUCCUGUCCUCGGUUGCAACACUCAUUACCAAGUUCCAAACGGUUUCUGGAAGCAACGUCAGCACAAGAGCUGUUCGUCGGGAGCUUCAUGAAAUGGGUUUCCAUGGCCGAGCAGCAGCACACAAGCCUAAGAUCACCAUGCGCGAUGCCAAGCGUCGGCUGGAGUGGUGUAAAGUUCGCUGCCAUUGGGCUCUGGAGCAGUGGAAACACCAUCUGGUAGUCCGAUGGACGAAUCUGGAUUUUGCAGAUGCCAGGAGAACACUACCUGCCCGAAUGCAUAGUGCCAACUGUAAAGUUUGGUGGAGGAGGUUUAAUGGUCUGGGGCUGUUUUUCAUGGUUCGGGCUAAACCCCUUAAUUCCAAUGAAGGGAAAUGUUAACGCUACAGCAUGCAAUGACAUUCUAGACGAUUCUGUGCUUCCUUUUUGGUAACAGUUUAGGGAAGGUCGUUUCCUGUUUCAGCAUGACACUGCCCCCGUGCACAAAGCGAGGUCCAUACAGAAAUGGUUUGUCAAGAUCGGUGUGGAAGAACUUGACUGUCCUGCACAGAGCCCUGACCUCAACCCCAUCGAACACUUUUGGGAUGAAUUGGAACGCCAACUACGAGCCAGGCCUAAUCGCCCAACAUCACUGCCCGAACUCACUAAUGCUCUUGUGGCUGAAUGGAAGCAAGUCCCCGCAUUAAUGUUCGAACAUCUAGUGGAAAGCCUUCCCAGAAGAGUGGAGGCUGUUAUAGCAGCAAAGAGGGGGACCAACUCCAUAUUAAUGCCCAUGAUUUUGUAAUGAGAUGUUAGACGAGCAGGUGUCCGCAUACUUUUAAUCAUGUAAUGUACCUCCAACUCCCUCCCUGACAAUGUUCAUAGAGUAUUUAUUGUCCAUCACUUCCUAUGCAGUGGAAUGAAACAACUCCCCACUUUCUGUUCUCUGUUGUCUUAUGCCUUGGAAUGAAACAACUCCCCACUUUCUGUUCUCUGUUGUCUUAUGCCUAUCUCUUUCAUGAGCUGUAUCAUC